AUGCGCUCACCACCUGUGGUGGGCGGCAAGAAAACCGAAUCACUCCUGGAGAUUUGCGCCGGCACGACUGCCUUGGGAAACAGUAUUUCCGUCCACACUCUGGAAUACUUGAGCAUCGUCAAGGUUUCCCCAUCUGGGUUCAAGGAUCUGGCGAUUGAAUUUCUCGAGACAAGUCAUGCUCUUUUCUCCGCGAGAGCUGGGAUGACGGCUGUCAUUCGCGUGGGAUCUCAACUCGAUGAGACUACAUCCAAAGGACUGGAAGCGCGAUUACACCAAACGAAAAACUCCUUCGCCGUCUACGGCCACAUGGUUGAUAAGCUCCUCAGCAGCGAAAAGAAACAUAAAUUUGGGAAGCUGGGCCUUAAUAUCAGAAGACUGUUUGCUGAGGGAGAUAUGGAGAGGAUCAAAGCAUCCAUGACUCAAUCUCGCACUGGGUUGGAAGCACACCCUCUUCCCUCGACUACUGGUGAUGCCAAAUUCGAAACGACGCAAUGUAUUGGGUAUACAGCUCUUUCGGCGGUUCUCGAGCGUCCAGAUCCCACGCAAGUGAAACGCACGCUUCAGACAAGGCAACUAAGCAAUGUUCUUGCUGGCUUGCCUCCGCCGCCGCCGAGUCCUAGUGGACCAUUACCUCUGCCGCCAAUACCUCAGGAUGGCUUCGGUGGAACAAGCUCUCCGUUGAGGAAUGGACCUUGGUCGCCUGGAUUUUAUGAUGCCGCGUCUUCUCCAGACCGGCCUGUGAAUGGUGACCAGGGUUCUAGAAAUGGGUCCCAAACUCUCAACGGUGGUGAUCGAACUGCUGGGAUUCGAGGCGACGAUAUUUCUGAAAUCUCGUCGACUCAUUCUUUCGUACAUGGGCGGCGAGGGAGUCCUUCGCACAUUCCAGAUUCGGGCAACAGACCUUUCAGAAAACCUCCAUCCGUGGGAGAGAAUGGUAGCGUUCCUAUCCAGCCAUCAAUUCGCGCCAAGGUUGAUCCGUCAACAGCUCCUAAUUUGGUUAUGCCGAAUGGUGAGACUCCUUUCACUCAUGCUAUGAACAAGACCACGCCGAUGAGUUUUGUGGAGCAUUUAAAGAACAGUCACGGGGAGACAGCCUUAUUCAAAGCCAUCGCCUCCGAACGACUAGACCUCGUCAUCCGUCUACUCGAUGCAGGCGCAGACCCCAACCUCCCAGGCCCCAAAAUCCUUCUCUGGCCAGCCGUACACUUUCCCCCAAUCCUAGAAGCACUUCUCUCACACGGCGCAGACCUGAAGCGUGCACCCGGCGUUUUGGAACUAGCCACAUCAAUCAACUCCCCCGAAGCAGUCGGCAUCCUCCUAAAAAACGGCGUAGACAUCAACGCCAAAAAAGACGGAAUCUACACGCCUCUAUGCUCCGCCAUUCGCGACGACCGAGGCGAUCUGGUAGAAAUUCUCCUACAACACAACGCAGAUCCGAAUCUCAAAGCACUGGAUUAUCCCCUCUUCAAAGCCGUCAGUUAUCAUCGCACGCACUUCCUCCCCCGUCUCAUCGCCGCAGGAGCAGAUCUCAAUUCCCCAAAAGGCUUGAUUGAAUGCGCAGUAGCGCACGAGAAUAAAGAAAGUCUAAUGUACCUCCUCCUCAAUCAAAAACCCAUCCCCAUCGACAUCAACGCCCGCAACGCUUUCGGCCACACAGCUCUCACAACCGCCAUUCGAGAUGGACAAGUUGAAUUCCUCGACAUCUUACUCGCUCAUGGCGCGGACCCGAGAAUUCGAGGACAAGAUUGGCCCGUUUCCAUGGCUGUUCAUCGACCCGAUAUCCUCGCAAAACUCCUCCCACAUAUCCCCACCAACAGAAUCGUCAAGGGGGUGUUGGAAAUGGCCGUCGUAGCCAACCAACUCGAAAGUGUAAAAUUACUAAUCACAGCAGGCGUGAAUGUCGAAGAAAAAAACGCCGGAGUUUUCAGUCCUUUAACCACUUCCAUCCGUGAGAAUCGCAAGGACAUUUUCAAAUAUUUGGUGGAUGUUGCGGGUGCAGAUGUCAAUUCCCCGGGAGAACAUCUUCCGAUUAUUAAAGCUAUAAGGAGACAUCGGGAGGAGGAUUUGAGUUAUAUUGAGCAUUUACUUGCGAAAGGGGCGGAUGUGAAUCUUUYGUAUCGGGGUUGGAAUGCGGUUUUGCAGGCGCUGGAUAAUGGGGAUUUGAAAAUUUUGAGGUUGUUGGUUGAGAAGGGGACGCCGGAUCUUGAGGCUAGGGAUGAGAGUGGGAGGAGUGUGGGGGAGAUUUUGAGGGAGAGGGGGUUGGAGGAUGAGGAGAGGAUUCUUUUGGGGGAGGGGGUUUGA